AUGGCUAAAGAAAAGAUUGAGUUCUUAUAUGAGCUUGAAUUUUUUUGUUUGGAUAUUCACUACUUGAAUGAGGAUUUGAGUGCAAAGGUUGAUGCAUUUAACGCUCAACAGUUUAGUGAUAAGUUGUGUGUAGCUGAAAAAGAACUCAAGAGGCAACUUGAGGAGCUAAAAGUAGAGUGUAAAUCAUUAGGCCAUAUUUGUCUUGAUGAUGCCAAUGUUGAGACAAGUGCAUUAGAGUCCUGUGAGGAAGAUGAGGAACAAAGUGACUAUAUUCUUGAAUUUGUUGAGCCAGAAAGACAAAAUUACAUCCCUUAUCAAAAGGCAGGAGGUGCAGAAGACUAUAUUGGUUACCUGGCUCAAUUGGAUAUAACCCAAAUCUUCGCACGGGGGAGCAAAAUGAAGAAUCAAUUGCCCCAAUUUGCUUGUGCUUUGGCAUUUUUCUUGAUUCCCACUUGCACUAUGGCAUAUUCACCUUAUUCUUAUAAACAUCCUGUUUCAACAUACAAUAACCAUGUGACACAAGAGUAUAAGGUGUCAUUUUUGCCAGAGAAUGACUAUUACAAGAAAUCAUCCAUGUCUAACAAGUACAAGGCACCCUCAAUGCCUAAACAGGAGUACGAGAUAAUUAUUACUACAAGACAUAAUUACUACUACAAGACACCUUUAACACCUAAACAAGAGUACAAGGUGCCAUCUAUGCCAAAGAAUGACUACUACAAGAAACCGUCAGUAUCUAACAGCUACAAUAAGGCGCCUUUAGUAGCAAAGAACAACUAUUACAAAGCGCCGUCAGUGUCUAAAAUAAAAUAA